AUUAUUUGUGUAAAGAAAAAAUAUCUGCUAAUUCCAAAAUGCUGGUUUUAAUUCACUUUUUUUUUAAAGGAAACAUUUAAGGGUCCUGUUGAUGCCGUCAUUCAAAAUGAAGUGAUCAAAAGUUAAUCAAAUGUAAUUAGUUUUAUUUAUUUGAGAAAGUAAUUGGAAUAGUUACACUACUAUCACUAUUAUAUUUUCAACAGGGUAACUAAAUUUCCAAUGUAAUCUUCUUAACACUAGUUGUUGUGGUCAUCUGAAAUGACAGUUUUUGGAUAGGAAGAAUGCGGUUGAUGAUAUCUGAAAUGUUCUUUUUGACUAGGCAAAACUGAAUUACAGAUAGCUGCGUAUCUCUGUGUUUCUUGUGGUUUUUAAGAUAAUGUUGGAAAAUGAUAACAUUGGUAAAGAACCCAUUUCCGUGACCGCAGGGACACCCAAACGGAAUGUCUUCGUCACAAAUAUUUUACUGUACUUCUGCAACUUGUACCAGUUGCCACAAAUGCUUUCCUGUACUUUUACAACUUCGACCAGGAACAUGACUAAAUAUGUCGUGCUUUUGAGAUUUUGUCGCGGGAUUCGCCCUCGUGCCAAGUCACCGUUUGUUUUGAUUGUCCCGAGAGGCAAACAAACAAAACGUCGCGCUUACUAAACUGCAGUAUGUAUUUAUGUAUUUGCAUGGAUUUUGAUUAGAGUAUUUAAUCCGUUGUGAAUUACCCUUGCGUGUGCUGUAUUGCGCUGCUGUUGCCUCCUUUCAACCCGAUGUACUCUGUUGUUUUUUAAGGACUAUUAUUUAUUUUACAACUGAGUAGCCGUGUUCCAGAGGCAUCGAGGACAUCACUGAAGAGAGGUGCGCUUGAAACCCACUCCCAGUCAUUUUGACAUUCUUUAGUUCUGUAACUAAAGCGCAUCGUUUGAUUCAUUUCCAAACAAACCACAAAAGAGCGAGAGAACGGAGGUGGUGGCGUAGGAGAAAACCGGGUUGUAAAAGCUCCGCAGCGUCCACAGUUCAAGGCUGUGGCCCACCCUCCUGGACUCACGUGUGCUUUUGUUUGCGUUGCUCCCCACUCUCACUUUGGCAUGUGAACUCUUGCUGCGAUCACUCAAUGAGGUCAUCCUUUCUGCCGCAUUCACUUGUGUUGCAAAACCUUUCGCAGAUGUGCUUGAGCCACAUUGAACGUGCAUUCAGCAUUAAAAGUGAAAGUCCUCGCUUUUCCCUCCUGUCCCUUUUGAAAUGGACGACACUGAGCAAAGUAGCCGCCCUGACAACAGGCAUCUCGUUGUGCCACUGGAUGAGGACCAGCUGGAGGUCAUUGGGCAGAGAGUAGACACUUCCAUGUCCUUCUUGGAGAUGGUUAAGAUGCAAUGCCGAUGUUCAGGCUCCAGGUUAAGGAGCGCUCUGCUGGGCUUGUUUCCCAUCCUGUCAUGGCUGCCUCACUACUCCAUCAGACAAAGUGCAGUCGGAGACCUGGUCUCCGGGCUCAGCGUGGGCGUCAUGCAUCUGCCACAGGGUAUGGCCAACGCCAUGUUGGUAGGCAUUCCUCCGGUGUUUGGCCUCUAUACGUCUCUCUACCCGCUGAUCAUUUACUUCAUAUUUGGCACCUCCAGACAUCUCUCCGUGGGAACUUUUGCCGUCCUGGCCAUCAUGAUUGGGUCUGUCCCUGCCAUUGCGGAGUUGCCAAGCAAUGGUGCUGAUGUGGUGGCUGCUAAAGUAAACAUAGUUGUCCAACUUACCUUGCUCUGUGGUCUCAUUCAGCUACUACUCUAUCUGCUGCGGUGCGGGGCUGUGUGCCGCUGGUUGUCCGAUCCCCUCAUCAGGGGCUACACAACAGGUGCCGGCCUGCAUGUCGUUGCCCUGCAGCUGCCCCUCAUGACUGGAGUAUUUGCACAGAGACACACUGGACUGAUGGCCUCCGCCUGGACUUUACACGAUGUCCUGUAUGGGAUUACCAGUGUGAUACCAGGAAGUCUGUCAAUCUCUUUGGUUUCCAUGGUGAUACUCAUUGGGGGCAAGAUGCUGAAUAAACAUUUUAAAAGCAAGCUGCCAGUGGCCAUACCUUGGGAAGUAAUACUGAUUGUCCUGGCUACUGUGGUGUCGGUGCAGCUGGACUUGGCUGGACAACAUAAAGUCCAGGUGGUCGGAGACAUUCCCUCUGGCCUGUCGUCCCCCAUCGUCCCCUCUCUCUCCCUGGUCAGAGAACUGUUCAUUCCGGCUCUGUCGGUUGCUCUGGUGGGCUUCAGCUUCCUCUCAGCUAUGGGUUCAGUGUUUGCCCACAAACAUGGCUAUCACUUUGACUCCAGUCAGGACCUGCUGGCUCUGGGUUUGUGUAACUCCAUAGGAGCCAUGUUCCAGUGUUUUGCUGUCAGCUGCUCCUUCUCACGCAGUAUGGUUCAGGAAAACAUUGGUGUCAAAUCACAGAUGUCAGGCUUGGUGUCAGCCCUGAUGAUUUUGACUGUUUUGCUGAAGAUCGGUCAUCUUUUUGAGCAGCUGCCAAAGGCAGUGUUAGCAGUGAUCAUUGUGGUGAACCUGCAGGGGUUGCUGGCUCAGUUUAAAGAUGUGGUUCUGUUAUGGAAGUCUGAUAAAUGUGACCUGCUCGUGUGGGCGGCAUCACUGAUUUCAACCCUUGUCCUAAACCUGGACUUGGGUCUGGCAGUGGCCAUUGCCUUCUCUCUGCUUAUGCUCAUCUACAGAACACAACACUCCUCCACUGCUGUGUUAGGUCACGUUCCUGGUACAGAUUGUUACAGAGAUGUGCAGCUCUACACUGAGGCAAAGAUGAUUCCCGGAGUAACCAUAAUCUUUUGUCCCAGUCCAAUUUAUUUUGCUAACUCCGAACUGGUCUUCACUGAGAUCACACAGAUAGUGACUCGUGCUCAGAAAGAGAACCCAGCAAGAGUUCAAACCUCUGUGUUAUCCCCCCCCGCCCAGUUACUGACACACAGCCACUACUUGAUUCUGGAUCUCAGCUCGGUCAACUUCAUGGACUCUAAGGGCAUGACAGCACUUUGCAAGCUUGUGGAGAAUUUUGAAGCCCAGCGUCUCCGUGUUUUUCUGGCCUCCUGCCCGGAGAGCCUUUUAUCCCAGCUUCGGUAUCAGGGCUGCAUACCCAACAUCCUGCCCAGCUCCUCUGUCUUUCCAUCAGUCCAUCACGCCGUCCAUCAGUGUAUCAACACCCUGCCUGUGCUUCUUGAGGAAUUUUCCUCUGGUGGAAGAUAAAGUUGAAUGUACAACAUGGACUCCUUCCUCUGUAUGUCAGUGUUAGACAGCUUUUAACGAUGGCACAAUUAAAAAUGGAAGUCAGUAAGCUGUGUGUGUGUGUAUAUAA